CAUCUGUGUGUGGAAGCACCAGUGGGCGGUGAGCCCUGAGGGGGCGAGGAAGCCGUGGGGGGCGACCGGAAGUCUCUUCGUAGUGACGUCACAUGAGGAAGUGUGGCUAGACGGCCGGCCUACCCGGAAGUUUGAUGCCGCGGCCGCUGCGGGAAGUAAUGAGAUCCGGUCCUUGGAGCUAGACUGUGGAACAGUACCUCCUCCUCUCCAGGGAUGUGCAGAUGGACGCUGGGGGAGACACUGCCGCUCCAGCUCCGGGGAACGCAGAGGACUUGGAGACCACAUCGCUGUCUAGUGAGGAGACUGCAGAUGGUGGGGGAGCUCACGAGGACCCCCCGGACCCUGGAGAUGGGAGCCUGGAGGAAGCAGGAUCCAAGGCUAAGGACCAGCCACCCAGCCUGCUGCCAUCACUGCCCCAGUCCGAGGUCCCGGCAGGCACCAGUGAGCUCUGGAGCCCCACAGCCUCUGAAAGUAGUCCUCUGGAUGGCGCUGAGAGUGGCCUGGGGAGUGAGGGUGGAGACCCCAGUGAUGAGGACUGGCGCAGCCAGCGGAAGCACGUGUUUGUGCUGAGUGAGGCCGGCAAGCCCAUCUACUCCCGGUACGGCAGCGUGGAGGCGCUGUCGGCUACCAUGGGCGUGAUGACAGCCCUGGUGUCCUUCGUGCAGAGCGCAGGUGACGCCAUCCGCGCCAUCUAUGCUGAGGACCACAAGCUGGUGUUCCUGCAGCAGGGCCCCCUGCUGCUGGUGGCCGUGUCGCGCACACCCCAGUCAGCGGCCCAGCUGCGCGGGGAGCUACUAGCGGUGCACGCCCAGAUCGUGAGCACCUUGACCCGCGCCAGUGUGACCCGCAUCUUCGCACACAAGCAGAACUACGACCUCCGCCGCCUGUUGGCCGGCUCCGAGCGCACGUUGGACAGGCUUCUGGACAAUGUGGAGCGAGACCCGGGCGGGCUGCUGCUGGGCGCCGUGCGCUGCGUGCCCCUGGCGCGGCCGCUCCGGGAGGCGCUGGGCACACUGCUGCGCCGCUGCACUGCCCCGGGCCUGGCGCUGUCGGUGCUGGCGUUGGAUGGGCAGCUGAUCACCGCGGCCCAGGAACGGACCGUGCUGAACGAGUGCCGGCUGGACCCAGCCGACCUGCAGCUGCUGCUUGACUGGGUGGGGGCGCCGGCCUUUGCAGCUGGUGAGGCCUGGGCGCCCGUGUGCUUGCCCCGCUUCAACCCCGACGGUUUCUUCUAUGCCUACGUGGCCCGCCUGGACGCCAUGCCUGUCUGCUUGCUGCUACUGGGCACCGACCGGGAGGCCUUCCACGCCAUGGCCACCUGCCGACGCCUGGUUGAAGAUGGCAUGCGCGCCCUAGGGGCCACGCACGCCCUUGAGGCAGUCGCCGGCUUCUCGAACACCCAGUCCGCCAGCGCCCCGGCCUACAGUGUGCAGGCCGUGGGGGCGCCCGGUCUCCGGCACUUCCUCUACAAGCCUCUGGACAUCCCAGACCACCACCGCCAGCUGCCCCAGUUUACCAGCCCCGAGCUUGAAGCCCCGUACAGCAGGGAGGAGGAGCAGCAUCGCCUGUCCGACUUGUAUCACUGCCUGCACGCACGUCUCCACAGCACCUCCAGGCCACUGCGCCUCAUUUACCACGUGGCUGAGAAGGAGACCCUGCUGGCCUGGGUGACCUCCAAAUUUGAGCUCUAUACGUGUCUCAGCCCUUUGGUGACCAAGGCCGGCGCCAUUCUGGUCGUGACGAAACUCCUGCGCUGGGUGAAGAAAGAGGAAGACCGGCUCUUCAUUCGCUGCCCACCCAAGUACUCCACACCUCCUGCUGCCCCUGUGGACCAAGCCCUCCACAAUGGCUUUUUCACUGGACUCUGAGAAGUUGAGCUUCCGAUGGGGCAGUGCUGCAAGCGGCCUGGCCGUAAUUUCCCUUCUUCAUCCUAGAGUUGUGGGGAGGUGUGGGGUGGGAGAGGGCGGUGUCUGGCUGAUCCCUGUGUGACAGCAUGCCGACAUGGACGGCAGGGAGCAGAUAGCUCCCUUCUGGGGCGGUCCACGGGCCUUUGUGUUCCUUCCACACCUACCUGGAUGAUGUUGCAGGGCUGCCCCCUCCAAACCUGGGCACCACGCCCUCGGUCCUUGCACCCGGGGACUGCCUCCCCAAGGGAGUGCCCAGGCUAACCCAGCUCAGGUGGGCCACAGGGUAAUGGAAUUGGAAAUGGCAGGGCCAGCCUGUGCCUACAAUCAGCCUGAGGAUAAUUUCAAGAAAAACUACAUAAAAGGCCUAAAACUAAGCCCCAGGAAGAUGCUCCUUUGCCCUUUCAUGUGCCUGUCUUCAUCUCUACUCUGCCUCUAAAACGACCCCCUCAAGUUGGCUGCUGCUGGUGUGAAUGUGAAGGGGCAUCGGGCAUCUUCGUGGGUGUACCUGCUGGCCGAGACCCAGGACUUUUACGGAAGCGGUACGGUUGGCUUGCAAGCCUUCUGCUCCUUGGUGAAAUGGGGAAGCAGCUCUCCCAGACUCUUUAGGCUAAGACUUGUGAGGUGGAGACUGAUGGGGAACUUGA